AUGGAGAAUAAUGAAUCGAAUACGGACCCUGGUGGAGAUCAAUCGGCUGUUUAUAUCAAGAAUAAAACGUCCUCCUUUUUAGGACGUAGGGAAAGCGAUCUCAAGAAAAGCAAAAAGAUUGGUCAUCGACGAGUCACUGAUCAGGGUACCGUCACAUAUAAGAAGACACCGACAUCAGAAAUCCAACGAGCCAUUCAAUUAGGUAUUCAACACAGCAUUUGCACCCUUCAACAGAAGCCUGUUCGUGAUAUUCUUUUUCGAGACUUUGAAGUGAUAGAAACUGUAGAUUUUCCCCGUUCUGGUACCAAGACUACGCCUGCCCAUGCACUCUCUGAUUUCCGUUUUCGUACAAUCGCCCCUGUUGCAUUUCGCUCAUUUCGUGAUAGUUUCCAAUUGGACAUUCGGGAUUACUUGGUAAGUGUCUCAUUUUGCCCAUUUUUUGGUGUUCAUCGAGUUUUUUUGGCUGAAAUGGAAAUAUCAGUGGUUAGUAUUUUUCGUUUUAAUUAG